UUUUGACGUGACGUAGAUAUUGAUAAAGAGGAGACAAUUUAGUCACAUCCUCAUCUUUAAAGCAAAAAAUAAGCUAAGUCCGAAAUUUAUACAAUAAUAAAACUCUAAUACUUUGUAUCAAUCAUAAUAAAUACGUCUUUAUCUAAUCGAAUUAAAAUGCCUAUAAAUUUGGAAUGUAUACAAGUAACAAUAGAAGGACGAAAAAGAAAGUACCUCGAAUUGUUUUCCCGAUUAAAAAAAUAAAACAGUUUAAUUGAUUAAAUACAAAACAUAAAUUUUCUAAUAAUAUUUCUUUGAAUUUGAAAUUAAAAUACAAAAUUAACAUUCCAACGUGCAUGCAGAUUAUUUACAAUUAUCGAGUAAUGUUUUUGUAGAAACUUGUCAUAAGAUGGCAGCAGUUAACGGUGAAAGAUUUCAAGAUUAAAAUUUAGUUUUCCUUUAGAAUUGCGUAAAACUACUUCCUUUAGUGUACGAGUGUAUUGUCUCCGUGCUGUUAAUACGGCUAAUUAAUUGGUAAUUAGUAAACUCUUGGAUAAAAAGUCACUAAUUAAUACAGGUAUACCUUUCUAGUCACUAUAGUUAAUGACUAAAAUGAUGUCAUUGAACUUAUUAAUAGGUUGAUGAAGUCUCGCGCUAUUUGAGUGGAUUUACACUUUCAUUUCGUACGCCAUGAUUUCCAAUUGUAUGAAAAGUUAAAACAAAGAUUGGAUACGGCAGGAAGCUUCACUUGCGAAAACUGACUUUAGUCACUGGUUAAUCAACGUAAUAACAUAUUUUACAAGUUAGAGUGAAUCUUCAGAAGAAAAAAAGUUAAGCUUAUUAUAUGAAGUCCGGUAUUAAUUACUUUUUGUUUCCUCUGUAAAUUUUUUACUGUAUAAUGAUUUUAGGUUUUCUUAUUUUAGCUAUUAUAUGGUUCCGGUUAAAAACUGGUACCCUUAACUUUGCUAGAAACCCUUCGUGCUAUCAUGAGAAUUCGACUACGACAACGCAUAUGAAGACCUGUUUACGUAGAGUCAUAUUCAAGUGUUAUAAUAAGUUGAAUUACAGAAAUGGCCGAAGCAGAAGUUUCAAGUGAGGAAAAGAGUGUCGUAGUUCGUCCAGUUAAUUACAUACAAGUUGCAGUUGAAACGGACGGAGUGACGCAGAAAGAAAAUAUAUUUAAAGACCUAUUAAAAGAGAAUGGUAAUGAAUACACGAUGAUGCUAAAAAAGUGUACACAAAUUCACAUUGGACCAAAAAUAGAAAUUCAUUCCGACGAACCGAAAACAAGAUCCUUAAAGAAAGAAGAGGACGAAAGGAAUGAAAUGUUCAACAGUUGCUGCCAAAUAUUGAAAAAUAAGUAUAUGACUUAUUUCUCCUACAUGAGGUCUUUUUUAUGGGAAGGCAAGAGGAACGACUUCCCAUUAACGGAUUAUUUCAUAGAAUUGACUGUACAGAAGGCAGAUUUAUUUGGGAAAAACAGCGGAGAUAAAAUAAGCUUGAAUGAGAUAUUUUCCAUACAACAAGAUGGACACCAAACUAUUUUAGUUACAGGGGAUCCCGGUUAUGGCAAAUCUACUCUUUGCAAGAAAAUUGUGUACGAUUGGGCAACCACGAGUUAUCUUAAACACUUCGAUUUAACUUUUAUUGUAAUUUUAAGAGAAUUAGGCGAUGGAUGUGUGAAGGAUGUAAUACUGGACAACAUGCAUGAACACCCAAUAACUGACAAAGAUUUGCAUCUACAAUAUAAACGACUGAAUAUUUUAGUAAUUUUGGAUGGGUUCGAUAAGAUUGCAGAAAAAUACAAAAUUAUAAUAUUUAUAAGAGAGGAAUCUUUUUAUAUUUCCCGUCGAAUGACGAUUGUAGUUACCAGUCGACCUCAAGCAGCAGAAGACAUCAGAGAAGACAUGAACAUGAGAUUUUCCAUAGAAGGGUUUUCUCCAGAAUAUCAAGAGAAAUAUAUUAAAUUAAUGUUUAGAGAAGACAAGAGUAAAGCAACUGAACUGUCUUCAGUUCUAAAAGAAAUCGACUUUUACAGAAAAAUGGCGGAAUGCCCGCUGAUGUUACACAUGUUGUGUUGUCUUUAUCACAAUGGAAAGAUGACAGAAGUUGAAACAAUAACUGAUUUAUACAUCCGAAUAUUUAUUCUUGUAACCGAACGUUAUGUUAGAAAAACAAAUCAGCAGAACAAGUUUAAAAGAGGAAAAUAUUUUGUGGGAGAAAAUUUGCUAAUGAAAUUGGGAGAAGUUCACUUUAUCACCUCAGAACGAUUGAGGAAUUGUUUUCCAAAUGAAGAAGAAUACAACUUUAUUAUUGGACUGGACAUUCUGACUCUCGAUUCCUUUUCUGAAUGCGAUAAUAUAAUUCGAUAUAAGUUUGUACAUCGCACAUUUGGCGAAUUUCUAUCAGCAUUAUCAAUGUACGUCAGUUUUCAAUCUACCAAUCUAUGUAUGUUCUCACCUGCUAAUAGUAUUAUUGGUAUGAAAUUCUUGUUUUUGUUGGGAUUUUAUCAAGAAGAACCUUUAUCCGAACGGUUAUUAACGUACGUAGAAAAGGAAAUGUUCAAGCCUUAAUUCAUGCUUCAAGUUCACAAACAAAUCAAACUGACAAAGAAUUGGGAACGAUUUUGUUCUCGUGCAAAAGUGAUAUUUUAUUCUUGGAAAGACUUUAGUGAUUUUUAAGAGCUAGUGGAGUUGUAUGAAUUCAACGAGUUAUAUUUCUAUUUUCAGGAGAGAAA